UCCACGCUGGGAGGCUGCAUGGAGGCUGCAGCCGGGAUAAAGGAAAGAUGGAGGAUAAGAAGGACAAGCAUGGAGGAGCACAUACAUCCAUCAGGGUGGGAGAACACGUGGACAGGAGAGGCGUCUAUUGGAAGCAAGUCAAGAUAAGUAAAGACCGCAGCUGCUGGUCUUGUGUGAAAAAGUAGCAGAGAAGCUUGAAGUUGUCAGCAGAUGACGGGAGACCUCCUGAGCUCAGCCAUUGGACAGCUCACAACCACGUGACCAGGGCAGCCUGCUGGUUGGACCAGGAUGAAGCGUUUGUGUGCCCACCGGACUCUCUGCAUGCUCACUGCCUGCAGACUCGGACCUCAAGAUCAGAAAGGGCAGUUUUCUACCUUUCUGCCACUCAGGAGCAAUAUUCCAAUGGAUGAAUCCACGGACAAGCAUCUUGGAGCAUUCUGCAUGACUGAAGAUACAGGAAGAGCUGAGGGCCUGCACUUGUCUCAGAGGAGCAACAUGGGCUAUGGUGGCAACAGUCAGCAAAAGGAGCUGGAGAAGGAAUUCCACCUCAGCCCGUACCUGCGACGCCCUCACAGGUUGGAAAUGACCGCUGGGCUGCGGCUCACAGAUCACCAGGUGAAGAUUUGGUUCCAGAACCGCAGGAUGAGGCACAAGAAUGAGCACAGGAGCAAGAACGCAGCCCAGUGGUCUUCAUGUAACUCACCACCCACCUCCAAGUCCUGCUGUCCCGUUUUCCCAUCUUCCAAUAGCAUAGAUUAUUUCCCACUGUCUCAUUGUGAGGCCUUCACUGAUCUAUGUAUCCAAUCAGACCUGGCCAAUGACCACGGCCCAUGGUAUUUCUGCACAAGCAUGAAUAAUCAACAACAUUUGCCAAAUUGGCCCUAGGGCCCAUUCGUGGCCAUCUCAAUCUCAAUGAUUCGUUUACUUUCACUCAUUAGCUUGAAUCCCAUAGCACACCACUGGGAUAUUUUAAUUAGACUACCAUCCACGAACAUUACUACAAAUCUGCUGCCCCUCUUCUUGAGCAAAGCAUGCAAAAAAAGCAAACUAUUACAUGUUCUGCCGUGUUUAUGUGGAUGUUGGAGUAUUGUUGCAUGCUUGAACCACUGGGAUAGUUGUUGUGUCACUAUAUGCUUCUUUUCGGUAUUAUGUGCUGUAAAUAGUAACAUGAUUGAAUGUGGAAUGAGCAGAAUAAUGCUCACAUUGAAUGUUGUCAAGGAUUUUGCCAA